AUGUACCUCGCUCUCGCGAACGAGAUGCUACAUCGUCUCUAUCCAGAGUGUAUAACAGUAGCAGAGGACGUCUCGGGAAUGCCAGCGCUGUGUCUCCCACACAGCAUCGGCGGUGUUGGAUUCGACUACCGUCUUGCAAUGGCUAUCCCUGAUAUGUACAUCAAGCUUCACAAGGAGAAAUCAGACAUCGAAUGGGACAUUGGAAACCUCGCCUUCACCUUGACAAACAGACGCCACGGGGAGAAGACGAUUGCCUACGCAGAAAGCCACGACCAAGCCCUCGUCGGCGACAAGACCCUAAUGAUGUGGCUCUGCGACAAGGAAAUGUACACCCACAUGUCCGUCCUAACCGAAUUCACCCCAGUCAUCGAACGCGGCAUGGCCCUCCACAAGAUGAUCCGCCUCGUCACCCACGCCCUCGGCGGCGAGGGCUACCUCAACUUCGAGGGCAACGAAUUCGGCCACCCCGAAUGGCUCGACUUCCCGCGCGCCGGAAACAACAACUCCUUCUGGUACGCGCGCCGCCAGCUCAACCUAACAGAGGACAGCCUUCUCCGCUACAGAUUCCUCAACGAGUUCGACCGCGCCAUGCAGACGACAGAAGAGAAGUACGGCUGGCUCCACGCGCCGCAGGCAUACAUCAGCCUCAAGCACGAGGGCGACAAGGUCCUUGUCUUUGAGCGCGCCGGUCUACUUUGGAUCUUCAACUUCCAUCCUACCAAUAGCUUUACGGAUUAUCGGGUCGGCGUUGAGACACCCGGUACGUAUCGGAUUGUGCUUGAUACCGAUGACAAGGAGUUUGGUGGGUUGGGAAGAAACCUCAAGGAGACGAGGUUCUUUACGACUGAUAUGGAGUGGAAUGGGAGGAGGAACUUCCUUCAGGUCUAUAUUCCGACCAGGACGGCUUUGGUCCUAGCGUUGGAAGACUCCUGA